AAUGACAGGAAGACACAGCAGGUGAGGAAACAAUGAGAUGAAAUGAUCAGAACAGAACACAGACUGGCAGAAGACACAGAUAUAGAGACUGAAAGCAUUUGAUGACAUUUUGGAUUCGACUAAUUGUGAGAUGCUUGUGACUGUGUUAUCUGUAGCCAUGGUGAUGCUGACAGGUCACCUAAUGUAUGGGCUGCCUAUGGACGGAAAAAUGAGAAAUCCGAGGGCCCUUUCAGAAGACCUGUGUGAUCCAGGAUAUUACAAGAACGGCGAUACGUGUGCUCAAUGCAAGUCCGGUUUCUACACCAGUGAGAAAAACAGUGAGGAAAGUUGCCACCGCUGCUUCCAGAACUGCAUACCUGAAUUCAACAUGGAGGUGGAGAAGAAUUGCACAAGCACAUCAAAUUUAGUGUGUCGCUGUCGAGAGGGUUACGUUUGUUUGACCAAACCACACACACACCCAUGUGACAGCUGCGUUCCUGUCUCCACCACAAUCCCAUCCUCCACCUCUGCUGAUGUCCCAUCAUCCACUACAUCCACCACUUCAUCUACUAAAAUUAAACUGGGUGACAAUAGUGUGGUGUGGAUUUUAUGUGGAUUAAGUUCUCUAAUGUUAUCCAUUAUCAUCCUUAUGCUGUUCCUCCGGCUCUGCAGGAAGGAAGAGAAGGAAUGUUUUAAACAUUUUGUCAGGCAGUGCUCGUUGGGCAAUAUGGAGGUGGACAGUGAGACUGCACCUCCUACUAGCCAACCAGAUGAGCAGCCCCAUGCCCAGGAGAUGCUGUCACAUGGCAGCACACCCACCAAUCACAACACAGACUGCUCGUUUCAUCAGCCAAUCAGCUCAGAGCAGGCUGUGCCUCCAGCUGGCAAUUUAGAUAUACAAGCUGAGAAACACUCAAAACAGAUGGUCAGCUGA